UCUAAAUAAAGAGGCUUGCAACGAGAGAAUCCGAGAGAGACAGCCUGAGCAUAUCUUAAAAAAACAGCUCUCUGGUGCUCUCCCUCGCGAGAAUUGUGAAACCUUAUUCAUGGUCUGAGUGUCUUAUUUUGUUAGGUUCAUAAGUAGAAUAAACCUGACAUGUUGAGCCGGAUUCCAACAUACCCGGAGGUCAGCGGUGGUGGAGGAGACGAAGCCCGUCGACGGCCGAAUUCAACAAGGAAUUCCUAGGUGGUGUAAAUUCCUCGCAAGGCAUUAAGGUUUCCUCGUCUGAUGAUCCCGGAUUGACGGAAUUCGAAGCAAGACAACUGGUUCAGAUUAUCAAAAGAGAUCAGAUGUAAAGUUCAGUUGUGUCUAUGAAGAAUGAGAGGUCAAUGGAUCCUCCAACAGCAUUUAAGAGAUUAGAAGCAACCGAACCCGUCUGUAAAAAGAUGAAGAUUGAUCAGUCUGUGAAUCAACAACAAUAUGUGUGUCCUGAAUUCAGCCAUGACUCUAAAAUUAAUGAAGUCCUGAACACAUUUAAAUCAAAUCUGAGAGAGAAGUUUCAGUGUUUGUAUCCAGGAACAUCAAAGCAGAGAAACUUAACACUACUGAACGAGAUCUACACAGAGCUCAACAUCACAGAGAUUAAAAGUGGAGGGGCAGAGGAGACACCAAUCAAAUGUAAUGACAUCUUUAAACCUUUACCUGAACAACACAAACACAUCAGAAGUGUGCUGACAAAGGGAGUCGCUGGCAUUGGAAAAACAGUCUCUGUACAGAAGUUCAUUCUGGACUGGGCUGAAGAGAAAGAGAAUCAGGACGUCCACCUCAUAUUUCCACUUCCUUUCAGAGAAAUCAAUUUGAUGAAGGACAAAACACUCAGUCUUUUAGAUCUUCUUCAUCUUUUCUUCCCAGAGACAAAAGAAAUAAAAAUCUUCAGUGAUAAAUAUAAAGUGUUGUUCAUCUUUGAUGGUUUGGAUGAGUGUCGUCUGCCUCUGUAUUUCCACAGCAGGGUAAGGUUCAGUGAAGUAAGUGAAUCAACCUCAGUGGAUGUGAUGCUGUCAAACCUCAUCAAGGGGAAUCUGUGUCCCUCUGCUCUCAUCUGGAUCACCUCCAGACCAGCAGCAGCUGAUCUCAUCCCCUCUGAGUGUGUUGAUCGAGUCACAGAGGUACGAGGCUUCAGUGAUCCACAGAAGGAGGAAUACUUCAGGAAAAUAAUCAGACAUAAGAGUUUGGCCAAGAAAAUCAUCUCACACCUGAAGUCAUCCAGAAGAAUCAACAUCAUGUGUCACAUCCCAGUGUUCUGCUGGAUUUCAGGCACUGUUCUAGAGAGAAUAUUGAGUGAAGCAAAAAGAAGAGAAAUCCCCAAGAAUCUCACUGAAAUGUACACACACUUCCUGAUCAAUCAGAAGGACUACGAGAAGAAUAAAGACAUGAUCUUCAAAAUGUGUAAACUGGCUUUUGAGCAGAUUAUGAAAGGCAAUCUGAUCUUCUAUGAUGAAGACUUGAGAGAGUGUGGCAUUGAUGUAUCAGAAGCAUCAGUGUAUUCAGGAUUGUGUACUCAGAUCUUCAGAGAGGAGUUUGGUUUGUGUCAGAGGAAAGUUUACAGCUUUUUUCAUCCGAGCAUUCAGGAACAUCUAGCAGCUCUAUAUGUGCACCUCACCUUUAUGGACAACAACAUAAGUGUGUUGACUGCAUUUAAAAUGAAUCAAAGUUGUAAGCCUUCAUUACCCAAUCUGUAUAAGAGAGCUAUAGAUGAGACUGUGAAGAGUAAAAAUGGACAUCUGGAUCUUUUUCUUCGUUUUUUUCUGGGUUUGUCACUGAAGUCGAAUCAGAAUCUCAUACCAAGUCUGAGGUUACUGACAUGCUACAACCAUCGGAUUAUUGAGAAAACAAUCAAAUACAUCAAAGAGAAGAUCAAGAAUAAUCUUUCACCAGAGAAAUCCAUCAAUCUGCUUCAGUGUGUGAAUGAACUUAGUGGUCCUUCAAUGCUGCAGGAUAUCCAAAAUUAUCUGACAUCUACAAUAUUAAGUAAAACCACACUCUCUUCACAUCAGUGGUCAGCUUUAGUUUCGGUGAUGCUGACAUCAAAACAGGAGCUAAAGAAGUUUAAUAUGGACAGAUUUGUUAAAGGAAGCAAAGCUGAACCACUGAAAGUUCUUAAGGAGCUGCUGCCUGUGAUUUGUGAAUUCAAAUCAGUUCAGUUGAGUCAAUGUAAUAUCACAGCUGAAGGCUGUGCUGCUCUGACUUCAGGUCUGAGAUCAAACCCAUCACACCUGAGAGAUCUGUAUCUGUCUGAGAAUAAUCUUGGAGAUUCAGGAGUGAAGAUGAUCUCUGAUGUACUGAAGAAUCCUCACUGUAAACUGCAGACACUUAAAAGGCACACAGCGAGAGUACAGAAACUACUAGUCUGUUCAAGCUCGCGCAAGUCCAGGCUGCUCUACGCACCAGAGGCCGAGGCUGCUGCAUCCUCCCCGGGCUUCUCGCGCAUGCUGCCUCAUGUUCCUCCAUCUCCCUCAGCUCUUCGCUGUAUUGUGGCUCAUAAAGGUAGCCACAAACAGUUGAGUCAUUGUUAUUUCACAGCUGAAGGUUGUGUUGCUCUGGCUUCAGCUCUGACAUCAAACCCAUCACACCUGAGAGAUCUGAAUCUGUCUAAUAAUAAUCUUGGAGAUUCAGGAAUUGAGCAUCUCUCUGAUCUACUGGAGCAUCCUGACUGUAAACUGGAGAAACUCUGGCUGAGGCGUUGUAAUAUCAAAGAUGAAGGUUGUGUUGCUCUGGCUUCAGCUCUGACAUCAAACCCAUCACAUCUGAGAGAUCUGAGUCUGUGUAAUAAUAAUCUUGGAGAUUUAGGAGUGAAGGUGAUCUCUGCUGUACUGGAGAAUCCUCAAUGUAAACUGGAGAUACUGACGUUAACAGGGUGUAAAAUCACAGAUGAAGGUUGUUUUGCUCUGACUUCAGCUCUGAAAUCAAACCCAUCACACCUUAGAGAACUGGAUUUGUCUGCGAAUAAUCUGAGAGUUUUAGGAAAAAAGAUGAUCUCUGAUCUGAGAAAUGAUUCAAAUUACAAAUUGGAAAAAAAAAGCCACAUCAGUCAACGCAAGCAAAAGAGACCUACAAAAAUGACAUCCUGAUCUCACAAUAUAUGUGUGUGUGUGUGAAAUAACAAUGAAAGCAACAUUAAUUCUGCUGCAGUCCUUUACCUGUGUGUCAUCUGUUGUUUCUCAAAGACGAGGGUUGGUUAGUCAUUUUUUUUCAUAGUACACAAUGUGUUCAUGUAUGCUUUAAUUGUAAUGCAUUUCUGUGUAUAAAAUUUGUGUUAACAUAUUUUUGCAUAAGAUUCAAGUUUAAAAAAAGUUUUUGUACAAUCAGCUAAAAGAAAAUAAAUGGGUCCAUUUCUGUUACAAAGAUUAUUACAAUUUAAAUCAUUUUAUCUUUU